GAGUUACUGCCAGAGAAGGCAGUUAAAGGAGGAGGUGGUGGAGUGCAUGAGAAAGCAGACAGCAGAUAAUGAGGCAGUGUUAGAAAGACGGGACAAAGACAUGAAGGUACAGAUCCGAAAGCUGCUCCUCUCUCUGGCCGUCGUCUUCAUCUUGGGAAGUCUGCUGUCCAGUUUUACUUGGCACAAGAUCAACAAGCAUGAUUCGUGGCACCAUCAAAGAAAGGAAGUGGAACCGACAACGGUCAAUGAAAGCACUGAGAGACCUGAGGCUCCUGCAGACAUGUGCGUGGAGUCUUACAGUUGUACCAACUGCAGGGAAAUCAUCACCAGCAUAGCAAAAUGUUAUGCCGAACCCUGGAAGAGGCAGAAGAGAAAUUAUGAGAAGUUCAGCUCUCAGCUGAACAGUAACUGCCACGGGGCUGAAAAUGCCAUUGUCACCCAGAACAACACUCCAGUGGGGUCGCAGAUUGUUUAUGUCGGGAACUCAAAAAAGAAGACCAUUGAAGUGACAACAGAUCUGUUCAGUACCUUUCCAAAGGAGCAUCCUCUCCCCAAUAAGAAAUGGGACACUUGCUCCGUGGUGGGGAACGGUGGGAUCCUGAUCAACAGCAAAUGUGGAAAACAAAUUGAUUCCGCUCAGUUUGUGAUCAGGUGCAACCUCCCACCUUUGGACAGUGAAUUGGAGAAAGACGUUGGUAAGAAGACUGACCUUGUGACAGCAAACCCGAGCAUCUUCCAGCUGAAGUUCUCCUCUCUGAACAACUUCCGUCGUCCAUUUGUGGAGAGUCUGCGCAACUUCGGCGACGCUAUGCUGCUCCUGCCAACCUUCUCCUUUCGCUUGAACACUCAACUAUGUCAGCGGGCCAUUUAUGCUAUCAAUGACUUUGAUAGUCCCAUUAGACCCAUCUCUUUUAAUCCUGAAUACAUCAGGAAUCUGUCCAUCUACUGGAACUCCCAGGGCCUGACAGAGCCCCGCCUCAGCACUGGAUUUAUGAUGGUUAGUUUGGCUCUGGAACUUUGCAACAGCGUGGAUCUGUAUGGAUUCUGGCCUUUCAGUUUCCACCCUCAGGACUUCCAUCACCUGACGAACCACUACUACGAUAACAAACCGCCCCGAAAGCAAUAUCACGCCAUGCCAGCCGAGUUCAACCACCUGCUGAAGCUGCACAGGCAGGGCAUCCUCAGGCUUCACCUGGGAGAUUGUGAAGCAGAGAAGGAUGUGCCUGCAAAAAAGAGACAGAAAAAGCAUAGAAUGCUUGUCUGACUCCAUAUUUCAGCAGCCAAGAUGUUUGUACUUCAAGUUUUUUUAGCAGUUUUACAGUAUAUCUAUUUAUUCACAUCAAAAUAUUAAGCUGGAAUCUGGAUCUGGAUUUUUUUUUCACAUGGUGCCUACCUGAGGAUCUUGCUUUUUUCAGUGACUGUAAUUUGAUGAAACUCAAUGUAUUUUGAUAGAUAUGCCACAGAAGUGCCAAAAUUAAGCACUGUCGUCUCUCUGAAGGAAGAUGUCUGGUUUGUUUGUGGAGUUAUUAUGUUUUUCCUGUUUCCAUGUUCAGUUUUCUCAGAUCCUCUGUUUACCUCCCAUGAUCCAAAGACAUGUGACUCUAGGGUGAAUUUUAAAUGUGUAUCCACACACAUCCAGACAUUAUUUAUUUAUUAAACGUGAUAUGAACAAUUUG